AUGCAUCUGCGGAUGUGCGCAGCGCUUGCGUUUUUAAAACUGGAAGAUGUGGACGAUGGAUGGCUUCUGAUACAGGAAUAUUCGCCAGAAGACCCCAAACUUCAAGAGUUUUAUGAUUAUUUCGUAAAUCAGUGGAUGGACAAUGCAUUAGUCACAAUAGAAAUGUGGAACUGUAAUAACAGACGGCAUAGAACAAAUAAUGCCGUUGAGGGCUGGAAUAACAAAUUAAACCAUGCUUUAAUGAAGCAUCAUCCUACAGUACGCACGCUAGUGGCAACUCUGAAAAAGGAGGCGGAAUAUAGUGAUUUUUUGAUUUGCAGGAAAGAACUCAAACUUGUAGGAAAAAGGAGAAGGAAAAAUUAUAUUAGGAUUGAUGAAAGAAUUGAAAAAUGCUUCAUCGAAUACGAAUUAACUAAAGAUUUAAGAAAAUUCUUAAGGACAGUAGCUGUUUUGCAGAAAUUUGAAUGA